AUGGCAAGUACUAGCAAUUCAAUUUUAUACAUUCAACAACCAUCAAUACCUCUUUUCCAUGGAGAAAAUUAUGAUCUUUGGGCCAUCAAAAUGAAGACCUUGUUCAUGUCACAAGAUGUGUGGGAGAUUGUAGAAAGUGGGUAUGAUGAAAUUGAAGAUACAUCAACUCUAGAUCAAGACCAAAAGAAUUUACUUAAGGAGAGUAGGAAGAAGAAUGCUAAAGCAUCCAUGUACAUCCAACAAGGAGUUGGAGACACUAUUCUUCCAAGAGUAAUUCAUUUUCCUAAAGCUAAAGAAGCUUGGGAUAUUCUUCAAAAGGAGUAUGGAGGUAAUAAGAAGGUAAGAGAGUUAAAAUUACAUUCAUAUAGAAGAGAUUUUGAGAAUCUAAAAAUGAAUAAAAAUGAAUGUUUGAAUGAAUUUCCUUCAAGAGUUGUUGAAAUUGUUAAUAAUAUGUUGAUGUGUGGUGAGAAGAUGGAAGAAAGAAGAAUUUGUGAGAAGAUAUUGAUUUGUUUGCCGGAGAAAUUUGAACCCAUUGUGGCGGUUUUGGAAGAGACUAAAGAUUUCUCUAUAUUAAAGUCACAAGAAUUAUGGGCUUCCUUGAAGGUGUAUUAG